AUGUGGCUAGGGACCUUCAUGCCAAACAUGGCGUCCGCCGACACAACAAGGUUCGAUCGCCCAGAUGACCCAGAUCCGGGUCCGAGUCUGGCAGCGGGAUCUAAUCAGACUAAUGAUGGGCACGAGGUGGACCCGGUGGAACACGAAAUGGAACAGGAGACAGCAACCGUAGACAAUUCUUCCAACUUUAGUGAUAACGAAGCGAAAGACAGUAUUUACUCAAAAAUUAAAUGUGUCGGCUCGUCGCGGCGAAAGCAACGGGAGCCACAGAAGCUGAAAAGGACGUCGUCGCUGGUGCUAAACAAUAACGACGACGAGCAGGACUGUCUGCCGGAAUCGUCGCUAGAGCAGAAUAACCUAUCGUCUCCUCACAUCCUUCAUCUGCAGUGCAAUCUCGUUGUGGACAACCUAAACGAAGAGCGUAAUGUUUACACUUACGGAGAGCGGUGCGAGACGAGCAACUUCCGCGCAUACAGUGAUGAUUUGCACGUCACAAAUGGCUGCGAACUGGGUGAUAGUGACAGCGCUGCAGUCGCGGACACUGACAGCUCUGCAAUCGCUGACACUGACAGCGCACAGAAGCUUACGAAGACGGUUACUCAACACUAUGUGCAGAGCAUCUUAGGAGACAUUGGUUGUGAACCCGGUGAAACGGAAGAUGGUGUUUCCGACGAUGCAGACGAUCAGCCCAGAAUCCCGAUAGGAAAAUGUGUGAAUUUACGGCGCUCCUACACGCGCGAAGAAAAAAUCCAGGUGCUCGAUUGGUACUACAAGAAUGGCCGAAACAAGUACAAGACUAGCAAGCUGUUUGCCCUGAACACGAGAACUCUCGGGAAGUGGAUCGCCGCUGAGAAGAAGAUUCGACGCAGCAGAGAGGGAUCGAUGCGAGCGGGCAGCGGCCGCAGACCCUUCUGGAUGGAGAUGGAGGAUGAGCUACAUCGUCUGUACAAGGAGGAGGUGCGGCGGAGCGGUGGUGAAUCUCAGGUGCCACACGUCUGGUUCAGGGAGAAUUCCGAGAAGAUCAUGAGACGACUGGAGCCGAGCUCGGACUUCAAAUUCACGACGCAGUGGCUGGCUGGCUUCAAGAGGCGAUUCAUGGAAGCACAAGCAGACACGGUCACAGAGCCUAGCAUGGUAGCUACCAGCAGUCAAGCCAGUGGUAGCUUUUCAGUCGGUCGCAAGCGGGGAAGGCCACGUAAAAUCAGCGAUGAUUCAUAUACAGUGACCGUACCCAAUCUGAAUGCCCACUACUGGCACCAUUACGCAAUGCCAAAUUUCCCCGUCGCCCCGACCAAUGGAUUGCUAAGCAGCUUUGAGAUGCCGCAUUACGACGCUUCCGGACUUAACUUUGAUGGUAUGCAGUUCCGCCUGGGUCAUCAUGUUAACACCAGAGAGCGGGGAGCAGGAGGCGGCGACGCCGGUGACCGGCGAAGCAACACCGUCGUCACGGGACAUCCGACGUCCAGCGACGGAAAAUCUCUGCUAAAACCGAAGCCAGCUAAGGAGGUAAGCGAGAGCUGCGCGGACGCCGUCUCCGCCGUCGUUAACGACAUCCACCAUGAGUACUCUCUCAGGCAGCUGCCUCUCGGCGACGCCGGUCGCCGUGACAAUGAGCACAACAUGAUGCAGACGAGCGAGAGCCUCGGCCGCUGCCUGCAGCUUCUCGCGAACAGCUGCGGCUACGCGCACAUUCCCGCCGUCUGGAACGGCUCCCCCGUGCUGGACACCCCGCUCGCUGCCUCCGCGAAACCCGCGGAGCCGUCCGCCCCGCCCCGCGGCGGGGGCGGCUCCCCGGCCCCGCACUGCAGCCGCGCCGGCAUUUCCCCUGACAACGGCGUUGCGAUGGAGAACGGAGACGUGACUGCAGCGCGCGGCGCGUCGUGGCGGGCGAGCGGGGAGGAGGGGCUAGAGCAGUGCUUCAAGAUCGGUCGCAGCGGCGUUCACCGCAAGUCGUACACGCGCGAGGAGAAGCUGCACGUGCUUGACUGGUACAACACACACGGCAAGAACAAGUACCGCACGUGCAAGCUGUUCGGUCUCAACACGCGCAUGCUCGGCAAGUGGGUGAAGGCAGAGGAGAAGAUCCGCUGCAGCCGUCGUGGAGCGAUGAAGGUGGGAAGCGGUCGCAAGCCGUUCUGGAAGGACAUGGAGGAUGAACUCUACCUGCAAUAUCUCGAACAGGUGGAAAAACUCGGGAGUUCAAAGUUUAUUACACUCGCCUGGUUUCGCACAAAAUCCGAGGGAAUCAUGUCAAAACUUCAUCCUGAAGUGGAGUUCAAGUUUUCCUAUAAUUGGCUGGAAGGCUUUCGCCACAGAUACCUAAAGGAGCCGCUGAGCAGGUGGUUGGAAUACGACGAAAACCAGAAGGAGGGCGAAUGGUCAGGAGUGGCAUCAGCUACCAGGCAGCGUCAGCAGCAGCAGCAGCAGCAACAGCAGCAGCAGGGCUUCCCGGACGACCACGACGAUCAUUCCAGCGGAGUCUCCGUGAGCGACUCCGGCCUCGGCACGAGCAAAACUGCUGCAGGCGUCCGUAGCAGCAGCAGCGGCGGCAGCAGCAGCGGCGGCAGCGGUCAGCCGAGCGGCCGGGUGGAGCUGAGGAUCCCCACGGUGCCCCGUGCGGCGUGCGCGGCGCAGAAUCACGAAGCCACACCAUCGCCGGGGGCCCAGCUUGUCGCGAACGGCGACUCGGCGGCCAUGUCGAAUUUCGCCGUCAGUCAGCUGAUCCAGCUCGGCGCGCUCUACUCCAUCCUUGGCGCCACCUGUGGGAGCGCGUCGGCCGUCCCGCCGCAGCCCCUCAACCUCAGCACAAUCUCAUACAACAACGCCGCUGAGAGAUCGACCUUUGACCUCACUCGUGCGAUGCAGUACGGCGGCGCGGCAGUAGAGGGUGCUGCCGGCGAUGAGCCACGGCGGGCCGGGCGGAGUGAGGCAGCGACGGAGGAGUCCGCGGGGGAGGAGGAGCGAGGAGGAGGAGGAGAGGAGGGGGGCGUCGGGAUGGCGGUGGGGCAGCAGAGGAACGUGCGCAAGUCGUAUACGCGCGAGGAGAAGCUGCAGGUGCUCGACUGGUAUCAGCGCAACGGCCGCAACAAGUACCGCACGGCGAAGAUGUUUGGCAUGAACAUCCGUACGCUGAGUAAGUGGGUUCACGCGGAGGACGCUAUACGCCGCAGCCGCCACGGCUCCAUGAAGGCUGGCAGCGGUCGGCGGCCGUACUGGCCCGACAUGGAGCAGCGACUGCACGCCCUCUACAAGGAGGAGGAGGCGGGGCGGCGGCGGCGGCGGCAGGGAGGCGGGGACGACGUGCCGGCAUCCUGGUACCAGCACGCUGCGGAGACGAUCAUGCGUGAGCUCCACCCGCGUGACGCCUUCUCCUUCUCGCUGCAGUGGCUCGAGAGAUUCAAGAGGAGGUACGGUAUCUCGCUGCAGCCUGUCGCCACGGCGACGGCGGCGGCUGCGGCUCCUGAUGGAACGUGA